GUGAAUUCCAAACAAGCCUACAUGUGGGUCUAUGGUCGGUCCGAAAAUAAAAUUUGGAGAUCCCAGAGUAAACGGUUGUUUUAAGUGAAAAUGGACGACGAGCAUACGGCCGGGUACAGGGAGCCCUGUGCUCAGUGUUCAGCGGUGGAUUGGGGCGUUUCAGACGAGGGUCGUUUCUACUGCAGAUCCUGCCACAACAUCAUCGAGAGAACCAGAGAGGUGGUGGACUCCACCUUCACUCCCGGGUCCUCCAGGAUCUCCAACAUCAGCAGAGGGACCAGAACCAAGAGGCCCGUGCGUGGUCGUGAGUGGAUGAUCUGUGAGGGUUUCCAGUUUAUCCUGAGGAACCAGGCCAACGCUCUGCUCAAACUGGGUGUCAAUCCACACUUUAAGGAUGAGGUUUUAUGUCAGCUGUGGAGACUCUACCUGCAGAAGAGUCGACAGGCCUACACCCACGAUCCAGUGAGGAGCUCCAAGUUUAAAGUGGGAGGUCCAGACCGAGACCCGGACACGGACAGCGCAGCCGAGUCGACCAUCACGUUUGCCAGUGACACCGAUGUAGAGACGAACCCGCCCAGCACCGCCGGAUCAAACGCUGGGAGCUCCUGUGAUCUGUCAGUGUGUUCAGGCUCAGUGGACGCCGUCAGCUACCUGUCGAGGCGCAUGAGACAGAGUCGCGGUCUGAUGAGCAUGGAGAAGACUUUGGCGCUGAUCCACCUCGCUCUGAUCUGGAGCCGCGAGGCGCUGACGCUCAGCGACCUGCUCAGGUUGGUGAAUGAAGGUCACGUCCCGUAUGUGAACAGCUACGAGGAACUUCCUGAUGAGAUGAAGCUUGAGGGCAAAGAUGCUCUCAUCUUCAGAGUCGAGAGUGUCCCGUCCCACCAGGCGGUGUAUAAGGAGGCUAAGAAUCUGGUUCUGUUUCUGCAGCUUCCUGCUUUUCCUCCAAUCAGCCGCCAGAGUCUGCUGCACCCAGCUCUGCUCAGCCUGCGCUACCUGACCGACGUCAACCUGCCCGACGAGCUCCACCUCUGGGUCUGCAGGCUGAUGGAGCGCGCCGGUAUGGCAGAUCAAACACUCAACACGGUCGACCGCUUGUCUCGUCCCGUCCUGCCACACUACGACGUCCGGGCCGCUGCCCUCAUCAUCGUCACCAUGAAGCUCAUCUUCGGCCUGGACGACCACACUGAAUGGGAUUUAUCCAAUCAAAUAGGUGACCAGGACGACACAGGAAACAUGUUCAACAUGAGGAGGUGGUACAAGCUGCUGCAGGCCGCCCUGACCAGAGCUCAGCAGAGGGCCGUCCACAAUGACGCCAGGAAACAGUGGAAAGCAAAGCGACCUCUUCACAUGAACAAGAGAGACAAAUCUGUUGUGAUAAAAAGGAAAAGAAUAGCAGAGCAGAUGCAGAUCUGUUUUGAGAAGCUGUCUUCUUGCCCGGCUGGUGUCGAGAGCGUUGAGCCAUCCAGUUUCAGGUUCUGCUGGGGGGACGAGGAUGGAGCGGACGGUCCCAGUCUGCACCAGACAAAGCUGGCUGGGCUUGUGACCCUGAAACACAACGUCCUGACUCCCUCAAACGCCACAUACUGGCACCCAGUACUCAAACCCUGCAACCCCCGGACCUGCAGCAGUCAUUACUCGGAGGUGGAGGCGACGCUGCCUCGGACGUUCGUCUGGCUGCUGCAGCUCUUCAGCUUCCUGCUGGACGUGAAGCCGGCGUACCUGUACGAGGAGGUGCUGAGGGUGGAGAGACGAGUCAUCAGCAGCAAAAUGCCCAAAAAGACCCGGACCCGGACCAGGACCAGGACCAGAGAUCAGCCCAGGACGCCACAGAGAAGACAAGAGGCUGGAGAAACGAGAUGAAUACCCCUCAAUUAACAUCAGCUCUUGUUCAAGUUCUAUGAGUUGACUGCAAAUCAGAGGCUGAGGACAAACAGUAAGCUAACAUGGACACCGUCUCAGGUGGAUGUCACAGUUUGAUUUCAGCAGCAGCUGGAGCCUCAAAGACACAAUGACAUGAAAAAGACACUUUCCAAGUCCUGAUCUUGUGUCUCUGUGUUGAAAUGUUUACUUAUUUCCCUUUACAUGCUAAAUAUGUCAUUUUAGAGUAUUUUUAUAUCUAAAAUUCCUCUAUUUUCUUCCUGUUAAAUGACAAAAAUAUCACGACUCAGUUGCAUAAAUUAGUCCAAUGUGAUUGGGGCGACUGAGCGACCUGGGAGCUAACGCCUCCCAUCGUUUACAAUAGUCAUUAACUGUUAGCCUGUGGGGAGCUAGCAGGGUAAUAUACUGUACUAUUAGCAGGUGUGUGUUUGGAUUUCAGCUGGCCCCUGACAUCCACGUCCACCACCCAAGCCUGUCCUGCUUUCUGAUUGGAUUGUGCUCCAUAUUACAGCAGUACUGGUGUUCAAAGUUGCUCUAAAA